AUGAAGGUCUUCAUUGUAGUCGCCUGCCUCUGCCUCUUCGCCCAGGCCAUUGUGGGUCAGGAGGACCCUCUGACCGUCACCGCGCCCUCACCCUCCUUUGCCUACUCGGGCGAAGCCGUGGGCACCUUCCUCGGAGACAUCACCGUCAAGACCACCCCCACAGGCACCACUGUGGCGCCCAGCAUUGUGCCAAUUCCCCUCAUCACCAUCGUGCCCAGCCCCCUCAUCACCAUCAAGCCCAGCCCCCUCAUCACCGUCGCGCCCUUUAAGAAGACGGCGACCGUGGUGGCGCUUACAAGCUCGGCCACCUCCCUCCAGAGCUUCCUCUCUUUCCUCUUCUAA